CCAUGAGCAUGAUGAGCAUAUUUCUUGCUCUUUUCCCUCUAGAAACGUCUAGAUGUCCCUCCAAAUCCAUUUUAUCUUGUCUCCACACCAUCUGAAACAUUCUUUUUGGCAUGAGACUAAAACCCCAGAGGAGGAACCCUGACAUUUUCAGCAAACCCCUCAUAGCAUGAGCCACAUAAGAUUCUCCCUCCCUUCAGGUGCCUCUUGUCACGGUGUUGCUCUCAGUGAAAUGAACAGUAACAGACAGAGCCCCUUUGGACUAAGAAGUGAGAAAAGCCACUGUGGGUUGUGCCAGCUCUGAGUUGUCUCUAAUGCUGUGAUGUCACUGAGAGCCAUUGUGAGGAAUCACUGACAGCUGAUCAUAUAAUGCACUGUCUGGGAUGUUUUGUGUCCUUCUGUGCAGAGAGCUCUUUGGUAGUGAACUGCAGGACUUGGUGGUUGGUGGUUCGAUUCGUACAUUCCUGAUUGCUUGGAUUUUGACAUUGAACAUCUGCUACACUUCCACAAGUGUGUUCUUUCCUGCUGUUUCCUUUCCGUGAGCUCAGAGCUCCUGGUGACUCUGACCAAGAGAAGAGAAGUGCCAUAAUGUCGAGGGAGCUCGAGGCCAGUUUCCAUGAAGGGGACACCCUGGCACAGGAUUACUACAUCUUGGGUACCCUAGGUAAAGGGUCCUUUGCACGAGUCAAAUUGGCUCUCCACUUUAUGACCCAUACCCUAGUAGCCAUCAAGAUGUUGAAAAGGGGCAAAAAUCUCAGACUUCCUGGUUAUUUCUGAAAUUCAAAUCAUGAAGUCUCUACACCACCGUCAUAUAUUACAGCUUCUACAAGUUUUUCAAACCAGGCACAAAACCUACCUGGUGAUGGAAUAUGCAUCCCGGGGAUCCCUGCUGAAAUACAUCAAAAAGCGUCGGCCUCUAGAUGAGGAAGAGGCAUGUACCAUGUUUUCAGAACUCUCUUUGGCUGUCAACUAUAUCCACAGUCAGAAUAUUGCCCACCAAGACAUCAAGGCUGAGAACAUCCUAUUGGAUUGGGAUGGCCAUGUAAAACUCACUGAUUUUGGCAUAAGCAAAAGACUGGCCUCUGGGGAGAAAUUCAAGGGAUUUUGUGGCACAGCACAAUAUUGUGCUCCUGAAGUGUUCAAUGACACACAAUAUGGUGGCCUUCCAAGCGACAUAUGGAGUCUUGGAAUGGUAUUAUACUAUCGGCCACCUUCCCUUUCAAGGGACAACGCACUCCAACAUAAAGUACAUGAUACUAUCCCAGAGCUGGUGGAUUCCAUAUCGCCUGUCUCCAGAGCUUUGAGACCUAAUGAUGAGAUUAAUGACAAUAGACCCCACAAUGAGGCCAUCCAUCAAAGAAGUAUUGGCAUACCCGUGGCUGCGCCGUGAAUGACAUAUUGAAUGACAUUAGCAAGAUAGUGUUUGACCUUGUCCUGAUGUGCAAUGAUAGCUGCUGAGAACUCUAACCUGAUGCACAGGCAAUGGCAAGUGUAUAGAAUCUCUGAGCUGAAUUAACUGUGCCAAUGAGGACUCCACAUAUCUUUAUAAGUAUCUUAAAUGGAAAUUCAAUAUUAAUUUGUUCCAGCUAACCUAGUCAACUUGUACAGCCACCCAUAGGGUCUGUUUUUAUUCACAUGUGUAUUAGUCAGGGUUCUCUAGAAUCACAGAACUUAUGGAAUGUCUGUCUCUAUAUAUUAAAGGAAUUUACUAGAACGGUUUAUAGUCUGCACUCCAACUAACCCAACAAUGAGCAACUGUGAAUGGGAAGUCCAAAAAUCUA